AUGAAUAACAAACCAUAUAAGAUGACAAAAGCCACAAAGGCCAGUGCUGAAAAACAAGCUAUGGAUUGUGGAACUCCCCCAAAAAAGGAACACCUUGAAAACAGGUUAACUAUUCAUGAUUUUAUGAAAAUGCAGCAACUUUUUCAGUCCUCAGAAUCCAGUGGAAAUAAGGGUCUGAUGUCUCGAGAAUCAUUUGUCAAUACAAUGUCUGCAACGAUUAAGCAAGGCACUAAGGAGGAAUACGGUGAGCUUUUUGAUAAGAUAGAUUUGAUCCGGGAUGGCCUUAUCGAUUGGGAUAAAUUGACUUCCUUUGUGCUUCUUGAGCUAUAUGAAAGAGAUGAACAAACCAAGAUGUCGGUUGUUCCCCAAUGGAAAGAUCUCCGUUUUCUCCCAACCAUACAUAAAGAUGUCAUUCAGAAUGUGAUAUGUUUUAAACACCCCAGCAAAUACUUGUCUGUGAGCAGAAAUGGAUUGCUUGGUGUCUGGGGAGAAAGUUUAAAGUUACAAAAGAUGGUGCAAAUCACGACAGAAGCUGUGAAACCCAAAGACCUCUGGGUGACCUCUCUGGUUGCCUUACCAAACGUUAACAAGGUCGCUGUUGCAUUUACAAACAAAGAGAUCCUUUUUGCAGAGUUAAAUUUCAAAAAAGGGUUCUCGUGUCAAUACAGGCUUCAAGGCUUUGAGGGAACAGUGACUUGCAUGCACUAUUGGUAUAACCCUCAUGAUGGAAAUGAAGCUAUUCUGACCCUGGGAGAUGUCUGUGGACAGGUCCAAGCAAUUGUCUUCAAUGCAGCCCUAAUUUCAUUGUUUGAACGGCCUCCAAGUUCUCUUGAAGAUGAAAAUGUGACAGUGACAAUUAAUUGGCAGGAGUUGAUUUCUGGAUAUCACACAUGCUGCCACACCUUAAGACACAAAAUCCAUAAUAAAGAAUGGAUUAAGCAAGUUUUGUACAGCUCAUCUUUAGAUGCAUUCUUGUCUGUUACCACCAGUAGCUCAAAGACUUUGGCACUGGCCUGGAGGGAAAAAUUAAGUCCUUGCCUAACAAUGACAGCUUUCCAUAUUGACCAAGGGGUCAAUACUUUUGACUUUCAUUCCAGGCUUAACUUAAUAGCAACUGCAGGAAUUAAUUGCUCCGUCUGCCUUUGGAAUCCUUAUGUCACAUCAAAACCUGCUGGAAUCCUGACAGGCCAUUCAGACAGCAUAAUAGCUGUCCAGUUCAUUACUGAGCGCAAACUGCUCUUCAGCUUUGCCAAGGAUAAGAUAUUAAGGCUUUGGGACAUUCAGCAUCAACUUUGCGUGCAAAGGAUUGCCGGAUCCUUCCCCAAAAGUGUGGACUUUCACUCCACCCUUUUUUUCCAUGAAUCACAAGGUCUCCUAUUCAUCUCAAUGAACAACCAACUGAUGGUAUUGGAAAUGGAACACGAAUUAGGGAAAAGGAGAGUGGCAAGUCACAAGAAAGCUGUGACUUGCCUCCUGUAUAAUUCUAUGCUCCAACAGGUAAUCAGCUCAGAUACUGGAUCUACAGUUAUCUUCUGGUUGAUUGACACUGGGCAGAAAAUCAAAGAGUUUACUGGUUGUCAUGGCAAUGCAGAGAUCAGCACUAUGGCUCUUGACGGGACUGAGACCCGGCUUUUUACCGGGGGCACAGAUGGAGCAGUCAAGGUCUGGGACUUUAAUGGAUACUGUCACCAUAAGCUCAAUGCUGGAAGGGACCAAACAGUUGAAAUUUCUCAGAUUUUGGUGCUAAGCUGGACUAUAUUGGUCGUAGGAUGGGACAGGGUGAUCACAGUUUUCCGCCUAAAUAAUUUGACUCAGUAUCUGGUUCAGCCUUCGGAAUGGAAAGGAGGAGCUCAGCAUAAGGAUGACAUUUUAUCUGCAGCAUUUUUACCUCCGCAGACUCUUGUCACAGGCAGUUCUGAUGGUGAGAUAGUUGUAUGGAAUAAUAGUACUGAAAAUGCCAUCAUGGAGCUUUCCUACAAUCCUGGAAGAUCAUUGAGGUCCAACUCAGAUUACUACCUUGUUCUGUCUUCCAAAGUAUUGGCCAUAGUGCUCAAUACUGUGACAUCCACAAAUUUUACCAACAACCCAUCAACCUUGUUAUCCAGACGGUUCUCAAAUGCUACAGAACAAACAUCUGACAAACAUAUGAAGUCUGCAGCUAAUCCUGAAGCUGAAAACUACAAUGCUAUAACUAGACUUGUCUUCUUGGAGAGUAGAAAUACCUCAACCACAGUUGGAAUAGCAUUGCACGAUGAUGAUGGAAUUUUGGGUCCAGUUGAGAGCUUUGCUGCAACUAAUCUUCAGAAAAUAAAGUGGGAGCCAACCUGGUUGUCUUGUGGAGGUGCUGGUUGGUCGGUUUGGAAUAGAAGAAGCAAGCUACUAGCAGAAUUUGAAGCUCACAGUGGAGUAGGGCCAAUUAUUAUGACAACUGAAAAACGAAACCAGUGCAUCCACAGCGAUCUAGUUGGCUGGCUAAAAAUAUGGGACAUAGAGGACUACUGCCUUGCUCUUGGGGAAAACAUUGUAACACAACCACCCGCUCUACUAAGAUCAUUUCAGGCACAUGAAGAUUGCAUCACUUGCCUGGAGUCUUGUUGGCAAAACAACUGUCUUUUUAUUGUGACUUCUUCAAUGGACCGUAGCAUUGUUCUCAUGGACAUUUCUGGCAUUCUGAUUGGGAUAUUCGGACAGGAGGAGCACUGGAGAAUUGGAAAUCAUGUGCCAUCCUUGUCCAAAGGAGAAAGAUCCCCAAAAAAAACAGAGAAAAAUGUCAUAAAGAACAACCCUGUACAAUUGGUUGAAGACAAUGCUCCCCCUACUACAUUGGAACAAAUUCAACCUAUUCCAGGGGAUCAAGAUGACUGUACAUUCAUGGAAAAUAAUAUAUGGGAGAACACAAUACUGGGGAAGAAAUUCCAAGAGAGACAAAAUGAAAAAGGAAAGAAAUACAGUCUCAGCACUAGAAUGACUGGAAUAAAACCAACAGUUGUAUUUAGGUCACUGAAGAUUGAAGCCCUGAAGGAGAUAACAGAUACGAAUGAGCUCAAAUUAUUUUUGCACCCUGACAAAUACUCUGGAGAGAAGUUAGCAGAGAAGUCUUCUAAAGAUUUAAAACUACCUACUUUUUCAGCAACUCUGAAAGCUGCAUUCGAUGAAAAGAACUUAUUCCCCAAAGAAAUUCUGGACCGUGAAAAAUGGUCAAGACAGUUGCAGGAAGAAAUGCGUCCCAAAGAUAGGAUAACAAGUGAGAGAAAGCAAGGGAAGCUGAAACGAAAAUGA